AUCAAAAUGGGAUCCUAAGAUAGGGGAACACCAUAAACACAUCGCCUUUUCUUUUUGUUACUGACUUUGUGUUUUUUCUUAAAUAUUAUAGGCUUUUUAUUGUUAACAAACCCCUUAAAAGACAAUUGAUCUUAAGUCUUAAGUGUUAACCUGAGAAAGGUGAUCUUCUGUAUUCAGUCAAAGAUACCACUAUCACUAUUGGUUUUUAGGAUAAUUUGGCCCUGAUGUUGUGCUCUUAUAAAGGGUUAUUGCGACAGAGCAGAGCUAAUAGCAAUGUGGAUUAAAACAUGCUCAUAGCUAGAGGGGUUAAGUCCGCCUCAGUAUUACUGGCAGGGCAGUCUUUACUCCAACACCCAGCCCUCCAUCAGCUCCACAGUGUCCUCAUGUGGCACUAGAUACUGACUGACUUGUCAGCACAGCGAGGAAACAACUCAAGCUGCAUCCCCAGCUGCGCCAUGACUUCGUCGGACAACGAUGAGACGGGCAGUGAUCUGUCGGAGUCUCUUGAGAUCCGUGAGCUCCAGGACCAGUACAUGGACACAGAAAACUGCUUCAAGUCCAAAAGCUUACCCAUCCUUAAUGGACCCUGUCAGCUGGACCGCAAGGCUGCCGAGCCUCGGCUGGUCAGCACCUGUGUGGCUGUGGACGAGAGCAGCGAGCUCCAGCCCAAAACCCCAGACUCCAGCCAGGCAGAGUCACCCUCCUCCCGGACAGACUUCUCCCCCUCUGUCUCCAGCAUGGUGGGGCUCAGCACCUCUCUACCUGUGGAGGGCCACAGGGUUGCAGGCACUGGGGGUAAAAAACUGGGCUUCUCCCUCACCCGCUUUAUCCGCAUCCCAGUCAGGAAAUAUGUGCGGGCCAUCCUGAGGGACUCUCGCUGCUUCCUGUUCUGCAUGUGCUACCUAACCUUCAUUCAGUCCCUGAUGGUUUCGGGCUACUUGAGCAGUGUCAUCACCACCAUCGAGAAGCGCUACAGUCUCCGCAGCUCUGAGUCAGGCCUGCUGGUCAGCUGCUUUGACAUCGGCAGCCUGCUGGUGGUCGUCUUCAUCUCCUACUUUGGGGGAAGAGGUCAGAGGCCACGCUGGCUGGCUGUGGGUGGUGUGGUCAUUGCUAUAGGAGCAGCAUUGUUUUCCCUGCCCCACUUCAUCUCACCACCCUACCAGAUCCAGGAGAUGAACUCAUCAGCGGGCCACGAAGGCCUCUGUCAGACCGGCAACAGCAGCGGGCGUGACCUGCUUGACGUGGCAUCGUGCCCCCGUGACCAGGAGGGCAAUGAACACAACCUGUAUGUGGCUCUGUUCAUCUGUGCCCAGAUACUUGUGGGCAUGGGGUCGACGCCAAUCUACACCCUGGGGCCCACCUACCUGGACGACAAUGUGAAGAAAGAAAACGCAUCACUCUACUUGGCCAUCAUGUAUGUGAUGGGAGCCCUAGGACCUGCAGCUGGUUACCUUCUGGGAGGCGUCCUCAUCGGCUUCUACGUCGACCCAAAAACUGUCGUCAACAUCGACCAGAAUGACCCUCGCUUUGUUGGCAACUGGUGGAGUGGCUUUCUCUUGUGUUCCAUAGCCAUGCUUCUGGUUAUCUUCCCCAUGUUUGCCUUCCCCAAAAAGCUGCCUCCGCGCCACAAAAAGAAGAAGAAGAAAAAGAUUGGCUCGCCCGGUGACGUGUCCAGCGAUGAUGACAUGAUGAAGGAAAAGUCUGGUGGCAAAGGCCAGAAUGUCUCCUCCUCAAUGGGCUUUGGGAAGGAUAUCAAAGAUCUCCCCAAGGCAGCGUUGAGGAUCCUCAGCAACAUGACCUUUCUGUUUGUCAGCCUGUCCUACACGGCAGAGUGUGCCAUCGUCACCGCCUUCAUCACCUUCAUCCCAAAGUUUAUUGAGUCACAGUUUGGUAUCCCCGCCUCCAAUGCCAGCAUAUACACUGGUGUGAUCAUUGUACCCAGCGCGGGGGUAGGCAUCGUGUUGGGGGGUUAUAUCAUCAAGAAGCUGAAACUUGGUGCCAGAGAGUCAGCGAAACUGGCUAUGAUCUGCAGCGGGGUGUCUCUGCUUUGCUUUUCCACGCUCUUCAUAGUGGGCUGUGAGAGCAUUAAUCUAGGAGGCAUCAACAUACCCUACACUACUGGUCCAACCCUCACGAUGACUCACAGGAAUCUGACGGGUAGUUGCAACGUGAACUGUGGCUGCAGGAUCCAUGAGUACGCUCCAGUCUGCGGCUCUGAUGGCAUUACCUAUUUCAACCCCUGCCUGGCUGGAUGCAGCACUGUGGGCAAUGAUAGCACCGGGAUUAGGAAUUACACGGACUGCGGCUGCGUGCAGAGCAGACAGGUCAUCACUCCGUCCUCUGGCGGCCAGGUCAACCAGCUGCAGCUGGUCAUCGUCAAAACUUACCUGAACGAGAAUGGCUACGCAUUGUCUGGGAAAUGUGACCGCACCUGCAACACGCUCAUACCUUUCCUCAUCUUCCUUUUCAUCGUCACUCUUAUCACCGCCUGUGCCCAGCCCUCUGCCAUCAUCGUCACUCUCAGGUCUGUCGAUGAACAGGAGAGGCCUUUUGCUCUUGGCAUGCAGUUUGUCUUGCUUCGAACUCUUGCCUACAUCCCCACACCCAUCUACUUCGGUGCUGUGAUUGACACCACCUGCAUGCUGUGGCAGCAGGACUGCGGCGUUCACGGCUCUUGCUGGGAGUACGAUGUCACCUCAUUCCGCUUCGUCUACUUUGGCCUGGCCGCCAGCCUCAAGUUCGUAGGCUUCAUCUUCAUCUUCCUCACCUGGUACUCGAUAAAGCACAAGGAGGACCGGGCCGAGCGCUGGCGCCAGCACCUGCCUCCGCUGGGCACCGUCAGUGAGCUCAUAUGCCACGCUGGAGGCCAGAAAAGCCACGCCCGCACCCGCUCCUGCCCCGUGUUCAUCCCACCACGGCCCGACCCCCCCACUGCCCUCCUGCUCAACCGCGGCCACAGCAGCCUCAGUUGCCCCGGCAACGCCCUCAAAGCAAUAACCCCUCCCAUCCUGUUGCCGCAUCACCACAGAGGCUCCGCCCAUGUCUGAGAGCUCCCUAAGCCUCCCUCCGGGGUUCAUUGUGACACGUGCCUUCCUGUCUCUGCACUGCUCAGUGUCUGCUUUACACCAAUCAGACACCAGGCGGGGCUCCAAAGCUGCUGUAGAACUGACAGGCAGAGACACACAUACGCCCACCAUACUUAAAGGGCUGCUCAUUGCAGUUUAUGAUAACAGGAGACUGACCGAAGUUCUUUUACUCUAAGCAUAUCAUCAGCUGCAGCCACACAACGGCAUCCACGGAAGGUCAGACCUCCACUUCAAGGUUUGGAUGAUGUAAAGACAUCACAUGGUGCUACUGUUAAAGGGCAGGGCAUUAAAAUCUCUGUACAGACAGAUGAGUCAUCAUCAACACAGCGUCUAAAGCACAACUGAUAAACCUGUACUAUGCAAGAUCCUAUGUACAGCUCCUCCCUUCUCAGUACUGUACAGCUCCCUCUGUAUUCUACAUCUAUACCUCUUUCCUCCUCCUUCUCCGCCUCUGGUGAAUUCACACAUCACGUUGUUGUCGGCUCAUUCAGAAACACCAUUUUACCUUAAAGUCUGAGCUGUUGACAUAUCAGCCCUCUCUCUUAUAUUUGGGCCAAUCCACCUGUUCUCUUGUCUGGUUAUGUAUUGUUUGCUAAUUCAGAAUUGAUAGAAUGGAUUGGUUUUUGGCCUCUCACCUCUAUUUUUCUUCCUUUUUCGUAACAGUGCCUCUCAGGCUGUCUCGGCCAGUCCAGUAUAAAAAGCUGGUUCCCAGGGUAAACGCAAGCUAUAAAAAAAAAGCCAGUCACUGUCGACAAUAUUCAGCUUUGUCGCCCUCAGCUUUUGUGUUUUGGAACAGCUGUCACAGAGUCCAAGAUUUUUACCUGGUAAGGUAACCAUGUAGCUUAAAGCCGACAAGCACCAGUGGCAGGGGCGGAGCUAGACUCUCACCACAGAGGGGGCGAAGCAUUCUCGAGGGGCCCUUCUGAUAAAGUCGUUUUUAAAAUUCACAACUGUAAAAUAGCUGAUAUAUCCUAUCCUUUCCUAUCCAUAAAUGCUAAUUGUUACUUAUUGAGCCAAGCAAGCCUAUGUUUAAGAAAACAGAGUGAAGCCACUUUGUCAGACAAGCUUGUUCUUAUGAACAAAAAAAAAAGAAAACAGAUUGCCGGUUGCAUUCAACUGUUUCAGCACCGAGGACAGCAUGCAGCACCACCGCCUAUACACAGCAUCAGACUAGGUGCACUGUGUCAGUACCAUGUCUUUCUUACACUGGAAUAACACCAACAUAAAAUACACAUACUAAAAGCAGUCAGGUCUUAAAUUUCAUUAUUCACCACCUGACAUGAUCACAGUGUUUAUAAUUAGCAAAGUGGCAAACAAGAGAAAAGAAUAAGAAAGGUAUCUCAUCUCUGACCAUGUGCUGAAGCUACUGAGUGUCCUAAAGAUGUGAAGAACUGGAAAUGUGAUGGGGUUUGUUUUGUUUUUUUAAAUGCAGCAAACCUGCUGUUUUCUUAAUGAAUCUGACACCUUUUAAAAAGUAUUUCUUGAGAGUAAAAUGAUUUGGAUCUAAUCCAUUGCACCAAAUAACACCAGAUGGGCAGAUGCAUCGUUUUGGUUCUGUAUUGUAAUAGCUUCUCCUUUCUAAUGGUCAUCAGAUGUACAUAGUAGUUAUCUAGUAGUCUAGGCCUUUAAAGAAGUAGCGUGGCAAGCAUGUACGUGACGAAACCCCUUUUUAUCAGCUAGAGUAAUCAGUUCCUGGGUGUUUGGGGCCCUCUAGUGGACAGAAAGAUGAUUGUGUGAAGGCCAGUGAAUGUUGCUGUUUGUCAGACCUACUGUACUGUACCAUGAAAGUCUUGGUUAAAAGGUUAAUUAUUAAACUUUAUCACUGCGCCAAAUUUGGUUUCCCAAAGAUAUACCUGAGGAAAAGAUUGCAGAAUAGAUUUUCUGUUGGUUUGUUUCACACAAUGUUCAGUACAUGGCAGGAAUGUUUUAAAUAUAUUUGUCUAGAUUUUUUUUUUUUUAAACUUUUGAUUCAUGUUAUUGCUUAUAAUUAUUUGAUAUACUUUUUAAAUGGAAUGAAAAAAAUUGGAAGAGCUAGUAAUGUGACUUUUUCAGUAUUACAAAAAAUGCAUUAUUUGAUAUUAGAUAUAUCAGGUGCGUCAGAUUGUGGCACAAUAAUCAAUUUUUAGUAUUUCUUUCUUUUUUUGAGGGUGAGGAUGAAACAAGCCUAAUAAAGUUUAUAUUAUAUAUUUUUUUCUGAUCAGUAUGACUUCAUUUUAGUUAAAGGUUUGCAAUGGACAUGAGAUUCUGAUGCAGUGAAAACAUUUCAAACUUUAACAUUUUUGGCCAAGAUUCAUGGUAUUCUGCCAGGUAAAGAUUAUAAAGUGGUAAUGGCAGUGACUAAUUUUAGUAUUAUUGUGACUUAGUACCUCAAAUUACUUAUUCAUAAGUGAUCAUCAUGUAAAUAUCGACAAAGCAAAUGAAGCAUAUUAUAGAGCUCAAACAUAGCUAGAAGCAUAUUUAUGAACUAACCCUUGACAUUGUAGUUAAAAAAAGAAUAAAUAAGAUUACAAAAAGAAAAAAACAGUGGAUUUGUGUCAUGGUGCCUGAACAGUAUUAUUCACAUGGGAAGGAUCUAGCAUAUGUCACGAGGGGCUGGGAGAGAUUGGAUAUUGCAAUGUAUUUUUUUUCUGUCAAUAGAAGUACACAAGUGCAAUGAUUGACAUGCUGAAGUUACCCAGAAUGCCCUUCUCUCUAUCUGUAAUGAUUCUCUCCUCUUCCUUCUGAGCAGCGCUCUCUAAAAAGGAAUACCGAUGCAGGAGUAUUGAUCAGGUCCUCUGCUAAUGUGACUGAAAAGCCAAAUGUGAAAUCCUUGCCGAGUCAUUGUUCAUUAACACACUUUUCCCAUCCACUUUUUAAAUAUCUCCUGUUACUGUAAUACCUGAACAUGUUUGAGUAAAAAAAUAUUAAAUGGACCAAGAUCCAUAUUUGAAUGCAUCUUAGAAAACUCACUCACACUCGAAGAUAUUGCUUGGAAAAACAGUAAUUAAUAUUGCCUGGCUUCCAAAAUAUUUGCAUUUUUAUUAGAAAUAAAAUAGUGAGUUAAUAUAUAAAAGCAAGUGAUGUAAUGAGUAUUUUUGGCUUUCUUUGACUUACACAACACAUUGAUGCAAUGUGAACUAAACACUCUUUGCAGGGAAGGGCAGAGAAUCAGCCUGUUAAAGCCACACAUCAUGUGAAACACAUUAAAAGGUGUCCAGUCCACCUCCCACCUGGGAUUCAGUGUCCCACUGUUCAAACGUUUUGACGACUACUGACACAGAUGACUUCAGGUCGACUGUAGAUUUGCUUUUAAAACCUUUGUUUUCCUUUCAUCAGUAUUUGAACUGAAAGUGAAUUUCCUGGACAGAAGCUGUAUUCUGAAAGUCGAGCUCUUAUUGCUUCGUGUUCCUCAGGAGCAGAAGUCUAAUUGAUGUUUGUGAACACUUGGUUUACAAAUGCCUUGAAUACUUGAUAUUUGUCAUUAAAAACAGAAA